CAACGCGCGCUGGCAACCACCGCUGCUGCUCUCCCCAAACUCCCGCAGCUCCCUCGCUCGCACGCACACAAUCGCGACAGCCCACACCACCAGAUACGAGUUCAAUUAGCGAAGCUGCCGCCAUUCCUUGCCGGCUAGCGAGGACUCGUCAACAUGGCCACCCCGGCGGCUUCACCCGCACACAAUCCCCGACGCCGGGCUAAGAAGACGGCUCGCUUUGACGACAACCCUUCAAGGAAACCAGAAACGCUCGUCCGCACCCCGUCAUUCCCCCUCGCGGCCUUGUUAUGGCCAGCUAGAAGCUCGCAUUCACAAUGGGAAGUCCUGCCCUUGAUUCUCAUGGCGGUCGGCAUCUUCAGGUGGUCGGCAGGUCUUUGGGGAUACUCAGGCUUUCAGAAACCACCUUUGUUCGGAGACUACGAAGCGCAACGCCACUGGAUGGAGGUCACAACACAGCUGCCAAUGUCGCAGUGGUAUUUUCACGACCUCAAGUGGUGGGGACUCGACUACCCCCCUCUGACAGCAUACCACAGCUGGCUCCUCGGCAAGAUUGGUUCACUGAUCGACCCCUCAUGGUUCGAACUCUACACGUCUCGCGGCUCCCACAACCCGAACCUCAAAAUAUUCAUGCGGGCGACCGUCAUCGUCUCCGAGUACCUCAUCUAUAUCCCUGCUGUCGUCAUCUUUGUCCGCAGGUUCAGCCGAGCCUCUGGCAUUGCGCAGUGGACCUCCAACGUCGCACUUGUGGCAAUCCUCAUGCAGCCAGGGCUGAUCCUCAUUGACCAUGUUCACUUUCAGUACAACACGGUCAUGCUUGGACUGGUGGUUGCUUCCAUGUCGAGCAUGGUUGCUGGUCGUCUGAUGUGGUCUGCAGCCUUCUUCGUCCUUGCGCUGGGAUUCAAGCAGAUGGCGCUUUACUACGCGCCAGUCGUGUUUGCAUUCCUCCUCGGACGUUCCGUGCUCUCGCACAACUUCCGCCUUUUUCUCGGAAUUGCCGCCGUCACCAUUGUGUCGUUUGCCAUUCUGGUGCUGCCACUAGUCCUGGGUACGAUAUACGACGCCAGGCGAGGCAUUCAGUCUCAACCCGACAUCAAUGGUGGCCGACCACCGCUACCCAUUUUUGCUUUUCUCACUCAAUUCAUCAGCACCGAUGCGUUCUACUACCCGGUUGUUGAGCAAUUGGUUCAGAUGGUCCAUCGCGUCUUCCCAUUUGCGCGCGGGUUAUUUGAGGACAAGGUUGCCAAUUUCUGGUGCGCCGCCAACGUGGUCAUCAAGUUGCGCAAGUAUCCGACCGCCGUGCUCCAGAAAUUGUCUCUGGUCGCAACACUGGCGGCAAUUACUCCGCCUUGUGCAGUGAUUCUGCUGCGCCCGAGACGAGAACUGCUCCCUUACGCCUUUGCAGCCACGGCAUGGGGCUUCUUCCUUUUCAGCUACCAGGUUCACGAGAAGAGCGUAUUGCUGCCAUUGAUGCCGAUGACUUUGCUGUUGGCUGGACAUGAAGGACUGGGCAGGGACACGAGGGCCUGGGUGGGCUUUGCAAACCUGCUUGGAGCCUGGACAAUGUUCCCGCUUCUUCAGAGAGUCGACUUGCGGGUGCCCUAUGCCGUUUUCACUCUGCUGUGGGCAUACCUACUCGGGCUUCCGCCAGUCUCGUUGAGCACAUACUUCCAGGACUGGCCACUCGGCUGGCAGCAGUGGGGGACGGUGGUCGUGCACGGCAUUUUCUACCUGUGCAUGUGUGCCUGGCACGUGUUGCAGGCGACCAUGACGCCACCCACAGGAAAGCCGGAUCUGUGGGUAGUGGCCAACGUGGGCUUGGGUGCUGCUGGGUUCGGCAUCUGCUACUUGUGGUGCCUCGGCAAGCUGGUUGUCGAGAGCGGCUACAUGCAGGCCAGUGCCACCAAGCUCAAAACGAGAUAAAGGAGGGAUGUAACAACAG